AUGACGUACAAGCCUCAUCGACGCAUCCCAGACAAGGACCGGGUUCUUGCUGGCUACAAGGCCGCUCUCAAUAACCCGGCCACGACGAGUGAGGCCCGGUCCUAUGCCCGCAAGCAACUGCUUAAGCGCGGGCACAUUAAAGACGCCUUCUUUUCCACCAGCCUCAACACCCGCAUGAGAAGGAUGCUCGGUCAACGUGCUGGCUGCAACCCUGCAUCGACGGGCUCGGCUGCCCCGCACCAACGCCGGACGCUGCCCCACCGGCCUUGCAAGAACGGCACCAUGUGUCAACACGAUGCACCACGAGGUUCUUCCAAGACGCACGACUAUCCCACGUAUGCGUCGGAAGAGUCUCGUCCCGUCCGCUCUGGCCUCAUCCGUUCCGUCCACGAGCGUCGCCUAGACGAGUUCGUGGGCGGCCAGUUCGGCGACUACAACCUCGCCUCCGUCCUCUUCGAGGCGCGCACCGACGAAGAAAAGUACGUCUCCAUCCAGAGCUGGACACCCAAGCCAGGCUCCAAGCCGUCCUUCGACGAGGCCAAGCGCCAGUCGUAUGUCAAGGCAAAGAAAGGCAUCAAAUUCGGCCCUUCUUGGACAAACCACUGGCUCAAGCUCAAGCUCAACGUCCCAAAAGACUGGGUGCACAAGGAAUGGCUCCAGCUCGAGUUCGAUCCCGGAUGCGAGGCCAUGAUCUUCACCGAGGCCGGCAUGCCGCUCCAGGGCAUCACGGGUGGCUUCGAGGACAAUCGCCGCGUCGACUUCCCGCUCAAGCAAGAGUACCGCAACGGCGUUACCUUCUACAUCGAGAUCACCGCCAACGGCAUGUUCGGCCUUCCUUCCGAUGGCACCGGCGAUCCCGAUCCCAAUCGCUACUUUGAGCUUCAGUCGUGCGACAUUGUCGUCAAGCGUGCAGAGGCAUGGAAGCUCCUGUGGGACUUUGACUUGCUCAAAGGCUGCGUCAAGAACCUCUCCAAGGACACCGAGCUGCAGAACCGCGCUCUCUGGGUCGCCAACCAGAUCCAAAACACCUUCCGCAAGGCUGAUCUCGACAGCAUCCUCCGAUGCCGUAAGCUCGCCCAGGAGAUCCUCGGCAAAGACUGGGAGGAUCACGUCGACUCGAUCUACGACCAGGACGUCGUCAAAGGUCGCGAAGACGUGCGCAUCUGGUCCUUGGGCCACACCCACAUCGACAGCGCCUGGCUCUGGCCCUACUCGGCCACACAGCAAAAGGUAGCGCGCUCGUGGUCGACGCAGAUCGACCUCAUGGACCGCUUCCCAGAGCAUCGCUUCACCGCAUCCACCGCCCAGCAGUACCAGUGGCUCGAGACUCUCUACCCCGACCUCUUCAAGAAGGUCAAGGGCUACGUGGAGGACGGCCGCUUCCAGCCCAUCGGCGGCUCGUGGGUCGAGUGUGACGCCAAUAUGCCCUCCGGUGAGGCCUUUGCUCGUCAAUUCCUCUACGGUCAGAGGUACUUCCUCUCCCGCUUCGGCAAGCGCUGCGACAUCUUCUGGCUGCCCGACACCUUUGGCUACAACGCCCAGAUCCCCCAGCUAGCCCGUCAGUCCGGCUGCGACUACUUUUUCACCCAGAAGCUCAGCUGGAACAACAUCAACCGCUUCCCGCACAACACCGUCAUGUGGGUCGGCCUGGACGGUACGCAGAUCAUCGUUCACAUGACUCCGGUCAAUAACUACGACUCCAAGUGCUCGGUCGAGGAGAUCGUGCGCGGCGUCAAGAACAAUCAGGACCUGUGGGUUCAGCCGCAUGCCCUGAUGCUGUACGGCUUCGGCGAUGGUGGCGGUGGUCCGACUGAAGUCAUGCUGGAGCGCCUGCGACGCGCCCGUGCUGCCAACAACAACGGCUUCAAAGACAUGCCCCGUGUCCACGUCGGCCGCUCCGCCAAGGACUUCUUCGAGCACGUUCGAGAGACUACAGAUAACGGCCGUCGCCUCGCGACCUGGUCCGGCGAGAUCUAUCUCGAGUUCCAUCGCGGCGUGUACACGUCUCAUGGCUCCAUCAAACAGUGGAAUCGCCGCUUCGAGGCGUUCAUGCAGAAGCUCGAGUGGAUCGCCACGCUCGCCUCGAUCAAGGCUACCGACUACAAGUAUCCCAAGGAAGAGAUUGAUGCGAUCUGGGAGCCUCUCCUGCUCAACCAGUUCCACGACUGCUUGCCCGGCAGUGCGAUCCGCAAGGUGUACGAUGAUCUCGAAGAGAUGUACGCCGACAUGGCGGUCAAAGGCAAGAAGCUGUGGCGCAAGGCUCUCAACGCUCUUGGCGUUGGAGAGGAGGCGGUAGGAGCGAGCGCCAAGGGCUACACCGCCAUCAACACGCUCGAUGUGCCGCGUCGAGAGCUUGUCGAGGUGCGGCUGUCCGACAACAUGGCACGCGCCGAGGCGAUCGCGCUGUCGCACCAGUCGAUGCAGCUUUGCAACGCUGGUCAGAGCGCCUUACUCCUGCUCGAAGAUGCCUCCGGUCGGGGUCAAGCUCUUGUCCAGGACAAGCAGUCUAUUGUUCUGGCCCAAGGUCAGGCGGUUCGAGCUGAGCAGCUGGAGCACAAUUCAUUCCUGCUUCAGAGCGCGGCCAUCGCCGUCAAAGUGUCCAAGGGCCGCAUCACGUCGAUUUACGAUCGUCUUGCCGAUCGCGAGCUCAUCGAAACUGGACGCACCGCCGGUCUCGCCAUUGCCGAAGACUAUCCGCCUCAGUUUGACAACUGGGAGACGGAGCUCUACUCGCUCGACACCACCGAGGGUAUCCCCUUCACCAACGUCCGCAUCGCCGAGGCUGGUCCCUGGCGUGCAAGCCUGGCGCUCGAGGCCAAAUUUGGCCAGAGCACGGUGCGCAUGAGCAUCGUGCUCGACGCGCUUCCCGCCACGCCGCUGCUUGGCGAGAAGGAGUCGCGUCCGCUGCUGCGCUUCGACACGCAGAUCGACUGGUGGGAGAAGCAUCGCUUCCUGCGCUUCGAGGUGCCAACGCGUCUGCGCUCCGACACCGCCAGCUUCGAGACGCAGUUCGGCAUCACCAAGCGUCCCACCACGCGCAACACGAGCUGGGAGGCGGCCAAAUUCGAGGUCUGCGGCCACAGGUUCGCCGAUCUCUCCGAGGAGGACUAUGGUCUCAGCAUCCUGACCGAGUCCAAGUAUGGCUACAGCGUCGAGGGCGGCCUGAUGAGGCUGUCGCUUCUGAAGGCCGGCACGUACCCCGAUGCGCACGAGGACGAGGGUCUGCAUCAGUUCGCCUUUGCGCUCUACCCGCACGUCGGCGGCGUGGGUAAGGGCAAGGUGGUCCAGGUCGCGCGCGUGUUCAACGCACGCUUUGACGUCGAUUACGGCCGCCAGUCGAAUGUCGACAUCGCGACGCUGGAGCGAGGCACGGGCACGGCGUCGUCGGAUCUGCAGAUGCCCAUCGAGCUCGUCGACGGCACGCAAGCCGGCGUGGUCAUCGACACGAUCAAGCGCGCCGAGGACGACUUUGAGUACUACGGCCAGAAGCCCAAGGACUCCAAGUCGUUCGGCAUCGUCGUCAGGCUGUACGAGUCUCUGGGCGCUCAUGCAAAACCGACGAUCAAGAUCUCGGCCCCCGUAAAGGCGACGGCGCUCACCAACCUGCUCGAGGACGUGGACGAAAAGUCGUCCGAAGAGCUUGCUUUCAACACGUAUGCCGACGAGAAGGAUCACACGUACGUCCAGCUCGACUUCCGUCCGUUCGAGAUCAAGACGCUCAAGAUCUCGCUCUAG